UGCAUUGAUCGAUUCGUCGAUCUCCGAGAACGAAAAACCAAAAGGGGAGGACGAAGAAAGGCGAUCUGAUGGCUGCGGUGGCGGCAGCGGUGGCGAGGGGGAAGAAGAGGGGGACAGCUGUGCUGUCCAUCGACGGGGCGGAUGAGGCGCCGGAGGAGCGGGUGGCGCGGCUGAUCAGGGAGAACCCCGCGGUCAUCUUCAACCGGCGGGAGUGCUGCAUGAGCCACGUCAUGAAGCGGCUGCUGGCGGUGGUGGGCGCCCACCCAGCGGCCAUCGAGCUGCAGGAGGCCGACGAAGAGGCUGCCGCUGCCGCGGCCGGGGACGGCGGGCUUCCCGCCCUCUUCGUCGGCGGCGUUGCCGUGGGCGGCCUCGAGGGCCUCAUGGGCCUCCACCUCCGCGGUGGUCUCGUCCCCAUGCUCCGCGAAGCCGGCGCCCUCCGCAUCUGACGCGUGUCCCAGUCCGAUGGUGGACCCGACGCAGGGUAAUGCUGUAGUUCUCCUCGCAUCUCUUUGUUUCUCCCUUCUCUGUAACUUUCUAAAAGUAAUCUGUGGGGAUCGAGGAAGAGUUCUUCUUCAUCCUUGCCGCCCGGGGAAGGGUGCAUGCCUCUACCGUAAAUAGGGAGCGUAUCAGGAAUGAGGAAACCAAAAUGGCUAAAAGAGAAGAAGCACGGGUCCUUUGUACUGCAUGGUGAUGAGUGGAUCUUUGUUCUAUGCGUU